GCAUUAGCUAUAAAACUGAAUUGAAACGUCGAUAUCUCAGUAGCCACGCCCCCCCCCGUGAAUGUUACGUAAGCCGCACGCACGCAGAUAUAUUCAGACGGAAACUUCACGGUGGUCGGUGUUUUCCAGGGUUGUAGCUGUGAACUUUGGUUGCUUCGUCAAGGUCUGUCAGGAUGGUUGUGCUUUCCAAGGAGUAUGGAUAUGUGGUGCUGACUGGCAUGGCCAGUAUGGUCAUGGUUACACAUCUGGCCAUUAAUGUUGGCAAAGCCAGGAAGAAGUACCAUGUGCACUAUCCUCAGAUGUACAGCGACGACCCAGAAACUGGGAACAUUUUCAACUGCAUCCAGCGGGCACACCAAAACACCCUGGAAUCCUACCCUGCCUUCCUCUUCUGCCUGGCUGUUGGCGGUUUUCAUUCACCUCGUCUGGUCAGUGGACUUGGAGUCGUGUGGAUUAUCAGCAGAGAGGUUUAUGCACACGGCUACUCUACAGGAGAUCCUAAAAAAAGAAUGAGGGGAGCUUUUGGAAAUCUGGCUUUACUUGGGAUGAUGCUGGCCACACUGAACUUCGGAGGCUCUCUGCUGGGCUGGAGGGGGAGCCCACGGAUGAGGCGUUUUGGUGUUGGAUCCAGUGUGUAAUGAAAAUUUACGCCUGGGCCAAUUCAGUCAUCAUCACUAUGGUGUAAAUCAUACACUUGCACUGUGCUCUCAUCUUUAAGUGGUUAAGUCAGGUGUGUUAGGUGAUCUGACUAGUUCUUCAGGAACUGUAUGGCCUGAUUUGGAAUAAUGGAGACUAGCACUUUUGUAACAUACAUGAGUUAUCAGUUUGUCUUAUAGUGCUAACAGCAAUCUAUAAAUUGGGUCUAAACUCUUAAUAUCACCUACAAUCAUAAAUUUAUUAAUGAAUAAAAAAGUAAUGAUGAAGAAAUUCCUUGUUUAUUGUGCUGAAAGGGAACUUUGAGUGACUAAAGAUGGUUAUUCAACUGUACUGCUUUUGUAAUUAAAAACCUCCAUAACUUCUA